AAUCGGCAUCCAAACAAAGGUGCAUGUACGGUUCCUAAGGGAUACAAUUUUGUCCUAAUCAACCAAACAAGCAACGGAUUGAGCAACUAGCGCUAGGCGCAUCCGUUUUCUUGCUUCAUCGAGAAAGAUUAAAUAAGUUGAUAGCGCGAUCUCGUACUAACACAUACUCUCUAAAUAUUGAAGAACUUGCAUGCGGCCACAACCGCGGUAUGAGUUCUGAUCUCAGACUUUGUUUGGGGGCUGCUUGCCCCUUCGCGUCGACAAGGAAACUGUGGACGACAAUGGGUUUAGAAUUAGAAUAGAACGAGGACCCUAUCGAACAAAUAGAGGAAAGGGCAGAAAGGGGCAAAAGUAAAGUCUAAGCGACAUAUGGCACGAAAAGGAAAUCCAAUUUCGGUAAGACUUGAUCUGAAUCGUAGUUCAGAUCCAAGUCGGUUCAGUGAGGGCGACCGCGAAAGUCACCGAAUGGGUUCGGUCCGUCUUUUCCUGAUCUUUGUUUGUCCCCCCAAAGGCGUGAGAGGACGUUGCAGAUGUCCGGGACGGACACGACUUCUUCUAACGCUAGAAGACCACAGGAAGAAACCCGGGACCAGAGCAUGUCGUGAAAGACGCACACAGGGCGGGCGUGCUUCGACCGUGUCUCCGGGGCACAGUUGAAUGUAGAUAUCAUGAACGCGAGGAUAAGGAUACCAGGCCGAGAAACCCGGGCAAGUACUCUACUCCCCUAAUGUGCCGAUCGCUAGCGCAUCCAGGGCCCCGGCGCCCAGCUCCGCUGGAGAGGCCGUCACUGAUCUUAAAAGUGCGUCUGCGGUUCGGAUAGACUGAUUCUGCGAACGCCUAGCCCCAGGAAUCAAGAAAAAAACAAGUGCUAAGUUUCAUUUCAGAUCAGUGAAUAAACCGAAAAAAGAGACCCUUUUCGCUCGGCGCCGCACUAUGCUCCGCUUCAACAAAUGAGAGUUUUCGGUGGAACCGGUGAACCACGCGAGCUGGUUAGAUGCGUGGGGCAGAGGGCUCGUAGUACCUGAUAGCGCAGCUAUGCAGUGGAAGGGAAGGAGCCUAAAUCGACCCCCUUCUUUCUUUUUUAUUCAAAGACAUAAAAGCACAAUACAAAGAGAUUGGACUCUCGGAUGAGACCUUGCAGCUACCGUUCCGACGCGCCCCUGACCCUAUCUUGAUUAAAAAAAACCGAAAACCCUCUCUAAGGUGGAGCCUAGUUGAAGCUGUCAUUCAAAGAAAAAAUGGGAAUCAAAAUCCACUUUUAGGGAUAUAGAUGAAGUCUCGCUCAGUAAAGAGAGUUGUAGAUUCGUAGAAGAGGAUCAGAGUACGCGCGCUACAAAAGGCAGCUAGCCAAUGAAAGUAAGUGGAAAGAAUAUAGUACUUUUGUACUGACCCCUCCGGGGCCCCCGGUUGUUUUGGCGCGCCCUACCCCAACGUUAGACUAUUGCCUUUUUAGCCUACGCUUGCUGCUUGCAGCAUGGAUUCGAUAGAUCUAUCGAAUCCAUGCUUCCCCCGCCCCGAAGCGAGACUCUAUCCAGAUCUCAAAGAAUAACGAGCUAGGCGGCCGGCGGGCAAAGAAAGGGGGCGGGCCGGCCGGUCGGGGCCUUGGCGAUACGUUCUUCUUUCGAAGCGUUUUGCCAAUAGAGCGAGGGCGUCCUUCUGGGGUGGGGCGUUUACUUGAAAAUGACAACCGCCUGUUCCAGCAGCGGGGGCCUUGCACGAAAGCAAACCGCCCGAUUAAGUAGCAGUUGCUUCGCUAAUGGGCCCUGCGAGGGGGGCAUUGUCCCUCAGUUCUUACCAACCUCAGGUGUGUAAUCGACAUCUAACUUAUUAUCUUCUAUUUUUCAUGCAAGCUACUGAGAUAUGCCUCAGCUGUCCAUUUCUUAUUCAUUCAGGGCGCCCCUAGUGGACUUGGCGGUGCUCCUUUCUAAAACCAGAACAACUCUGAACGUUAGGGAAAAUAAGGGAAGACCACCUGAGCGAACCGACCGAAGGGACUUUCUUACUUAUCCGAACGGAACGUUAGCGGCUUAAGCUAAGCCUAUCACGAGCAGCGUUGCUACUUGAUCGGCGGGGAGGAAGAUCUCCAAGUAUGGGGCAAAGGAUCAAGCGCUUUUACUUUGCUUUGUCCCCCGGGAUCCACCACAGGUUGGGUUUGAGAGCCGUGUGAUGGGUGACUAUCUAGCACGGUUCAGAGAGCACGUGUAUGUAGUCUGCGCUGGUGAAUGGAAGCCCCCGCCGCAAAAAAGAAGCGGCUUUUCCCACGGCUCUGUCACCAUUGACUCUAUUUAUUAUUAUGGUAAAUCAUUGUAUCAAGAUGUCAAUCUUAGAUCUUAUUUCAGUUCGAUACGUCCACCUACGAGACUCACCUUUGGCUUUCGUCUCGGUAGGUGUAUUAUUCUACAUUUUCCCAAAAGGACAUUCAUUCAUUUCUUUCUUCCCCGUCGACCACUACGACUAAAACGACGCGACAAAUCAAGACCCGGAAAGGAUAAGGGCCGGUGGUGGGCAUUUGGGAAAGUCGGGCCGAUCGGGUGUCUUCAUUCAAGCGAGGGUACAGAGGAAGAACGAAACGAAGUGAGAGGCCGGGGGGCAGGGAAAAGAGUCGAGUCGAUCGACCGGGAGAAGCAAAACGAAAUCAGGAUUUGGCCGAAAAAGAUGCAACGUUAUGGAUACCAUGACCGAUCACCAUCGAGAAAGAAGAAUUUUUCUAAAUCACUUCGGGUGAGCGGGGCCUUCAAGCAUCCGAAAUACGCCGGGGUUGUAAAUGACAUAGCCUUCCUGAUAGAAAAUGACGACUCCUUCAUAAAAACAAAGUUAUUCAAGUUCUUUUUUUUACCAAAGAAGUCCCGCUCUGACGGCCCGACGAGUCAUCUACUAAAAAGGACCCUCCCCGCUGUGCGCCCCUCCUUGAAUUAUUCGGUCAUGCAAUACUUUUUUAAUACAAAGAACAAAAUGCAUUUCGACCCCGUCGUAGUUCUCAAUCAUUUCGUGGCACCGGGUGUGGCUGAACCAUCUACGAUGGGGGGAGCGAAGGGAGGAAGCUUAGAUAAGAGAAUACGCUCUCGCAUCGCUUUUUUUGUAGAAAGCUCGACCAGCGAUAAAAAGUGUUUGGCCCGAGCCAAAAAGAGGUUGAUCCACUUCAUUCGCCAAGCGAAUGAUCUUCGCUUCGCGGGAACAACAAAAACCACCAUCUCGCUCUUUCCUUUCUUCGGUGCUACCUUUUUUUUUCAAGGGAUGGGGUUGGGGUGUAUAAUAACCCAUUUUAUGAGUAUGCCCGGGAACAACUCCUAGGUCAAUUAAGGAUCAAAUGUAGGAACCUCAUGGGUAAGGAUAAGGUAAUGGAAUUGAUAGAGAAAUUCAUAGACCUAGGUAGGAUAGGCAAAUUGAUAAAGGGAAUAGAGAUGAUGAUAGAGAUCAUACUGAGAAAGAGGAGAAUUCCGUACGGGUACAACUCUUAUUUGAACGAAGUGCAAAAAAUGCGAUCUUUUUUGUCUAAUAGAACAAACACUAAUACCUUAAUUGAGUCGGUAAAGAUCAAAUCAGUUUAUCAAAGUGCUUCUCUGAUUGCUCAAGACAUCUCUUUUCAACUGAGGAACAAUCCAAUCUCAUUUCGUUCCAUUUUUAGUAAAAUAGUUAAGGAUAUUCCAUUAAUAAUGCCAAAAGGGGUGGAGGGGAUACGUAUUUGUUGUUCUGGUCGAUUAGGGGGUGCGGAAAUAGCUAGAACUGAAUGCGGAAAGUAUGGAAAAACAUCUUGUAAUGUAUUUAACCAGAAAAUCGAUUAUGCUCCUGCGGAAGUAUCUACUCGUGACGAAAUUUCAGGUGUCAAAGUGCGGAUCUCAUAUAGUCAAAAUAAGAAGGGACGUGCUAUAUCCGAAACGUACGAAAUAUAGUAAAUAUAGUAAAUGCAGAUGUAGUAGGGGUCGCGAACCGGAUGGUACACAACUUGGUUUUGGAAGAUAUGGCACCAAAAGUAGUAGAGCUGGUCGUCUUUCAUAUCGAGCCAUUGAAGCAGCGCGUCGGGCUACAAUCGGACAAUUCCGUCGUGCUAUGAGCGGACAAUUCCGAAGAAAUUGUAAGAUAUGGGUAAGAGUUCUCGCAGAUCUUCCUAUUACGGGGAAACCCGCAGAAGUUCGAAUGGGAAGAGGAAAAGGAAAUCCUACGGGUUGGAUUGCUCGUGUGUCCACGGGACAAAUCCCAUUUGAAAUGGAUGGUGUGAGUUUGUCAAAUGCUCGACAAGCCGCUAGAUUAGCGGCGCAUAAACCAUGUUCGUCAACCAAGUUUGUUCAGUGGUCGUAACGUAAUUGGUUAGUGGGGAAAAACCGGGCCGGGACUCAAAAUAAUUUUACGAAGUGUUUGUUCCGGAAGUGGAAAGACAAAGAGGGAUAGGGAGCUCGCCUCCUUCUUUUUUGUAAUCGCCGAAAUGGAAAUUGUACGACGACCCUUCUUGUUCCAGGCAUACGACCCUGAGACGUGACGGUGUCACUUUUCCGGCCCGGUAAAGUGACAGUUAUAUAAAAAAGAA